CUCUUUGUGCACAUUCGUCAGCUGCGCCAGCCGCGCUACGCUCAGCGAAGGCCAUCCGCUUACUUAUCAUUUACCUUGGUUCUGUAGAAGCGCGCAGUGUGUUCCGUGCUUCAAGACUACUCACUACAGCACCAUGAUUUCGUCUCAAAUGCUGUCAAGACUAGCACAUUUUGCGCCGAAAGGUAGUGGGCCUGUGACGGCAGCCGCCAGGAGUUUAUCAACGGCGCCGGGAACCAAAAGGCUAUCUGGAAAAGUAGCCAUUGUCACAGCUUCUACAGAGGGAAUUGGAUAUGCAAUAGCAGAAAGGUUGGCCCAGGACGGAGCGUCAGUGGUCGUCAGCAGCCGAAAGGCAGAAAAAGUUCAGAAGGCUGCCGAACAACUCCAGGCUCAGGGACUCAACGUUAUAGGAGCACAGUGUCACGUGGGAAAGGCCGAAGACCGUGCAAACCUUAUCAAAACGACUCUCGAGAAGCUUGGCGGGAUCGACAUCCUAGUCUCGAAUGCGGGUACCAAUCCCGUAAUGGCACCCGUGCUCGACACGACUGAGGCAGCGUGGGAAAAAAUAUUUGAAAUCAACGUCAAAAGUGCCUUCCUGCUCACAAAGGAAGUCGUACCACACAUUCAAAAACGAGGGGGUGGCUCCAUAGUCUACGUCUCAUCCAUUGCCGGAUUUCAGCCGAUGCCGCUUCUGGGAGCAUAUUCAGUGUCAAAGACAGCCCUGCUGGGCCUAACGAGGGCAGUCGCGGACCAAGUGGCGUCACUCAACAUCAGGGUCAACUGCAUCGCUCCAGGCAUAAUCAAGACAAAAUUCAGUGAAGCGUUAUGGAAGGAACCAGGCGUGGCAGAAACUGUGCUACAGACUGUCCCGUUGAAACGGCUCGGAGAGGCAAGCGAGUGCGCAAGCCUAGUUUCAUUCUUGGUCUCCGACGAUGCUUCUUACAUCACUGGCGAGAACAUUCCUGUUGCAGGAGGAUUCUUCUGCAAGCUUUAAACCUUGCAUCACCAUGUUUUACGUUCAAAAACCCAUGUUGCAAAGCUGUAGUGAGAAACCUGUUGAAAUAUAUUGUUACAGAUGUUU